AUUUCCCGCAUAAGGAAAUACUUAUCAUCGCCAUCUACUGAGAUUCUUAUUCACACCUUUGGGACUUCAAAACUCGAUCACUGCAAUUCUUUACGAUAUAUUAAUGUCCCUAAAAACGUCAUCAAAAAGCUUCCAUGGGUGCAGAAUGCAGCUGCCAGACUGAUUACACGCUCACAUGUGAUCACAUCACUCCCAUCCUCUUCGGUCUUCACUGGCUACCUGUUUCUUAACGAAUUAAAUUCAAGAUUCUACUACUUACCUUCAAGGCUCUGCAUCAGCAAUCUCCAACCUACAUUCAAGACCUAUUGA